UUGUCCGAAUCAGUGGAGGGGCUUUCGUGUGGGAGUGUACAGAGACAAAAAUACGACAAAAAAAAAAGAAAAACCAAGAAAUUUCGUCACAGAAUCAAUCAGCCAUUCAAUUGUUUAUCAUUUUCUCAUGAGGUCUGAGGUUAAGGUGUCACAAAAUUAUCAAGUUAGCCCGGUAUUUAAUGAUUUAGCCCAAAAUUGACGGUGAUUUGUCAACAAUCGAGGAGAGAGACAUAUGCAGAGUUUUGUGGGAGUUGCAAGCAAAUGGCCAGACUCUCCUUUAUUUUCUUUAGUUUAUUAUUCGUUGUCUCAAGGUAACAAUUGUUAUUGCUGGGCAUGAAGAUGAAGAUACCGACUGGAGGCUCUGGUAAUGGUUACUACGGACAUGAGAGUGGAGUUAUUUCAUAUCUUGAUAAUGUGGAAACUGAACCGGACAUCCCCGGAGGGGAGAAUGGCGAUUUCUCGGAGUAUAUGUGGAUGGAGAAUGAAGAGGAGUUUGAUAAACAGGUGCUGGAGCAACUCGAGGAAGACGAAAUGAUGGAGCAGUGUCUAGAGGCGAUGCUGGAGGAGGAGCGACAACACGAGAGAAACCAAACCUCGGUGGCCUGGUGUAACGCUGUGGCGGGGGAAAAUAGUGAGAAUGAAUUGUGCCAGCAACUGGGAACUCUCAGGGUACACGGAGAGCUCGCCAAGUCUAGUACAUUAAAUCCGAACGCCGCUGAGUUCAUCCCAUCAUUAAAAACCUCCGUAAGUACGUCAUCGGAAAUAACCAGUGAUUCGUCGUAGAAGGGCCGCUCACCAAUAAAAAUAAUUAAAUACAAAAGAGAGUAAUGAAUGAGACUCGUUAGAGGCUGGUAACUAACUUGGGUUCAAAAACCCCCUCGUCGAGAUAAAAAAAACUGACUGAAAAGCGAAAAAAAAUAACAAAAACCAAAAAAGGACUAAAAAAAUACGAAUAGAGCCAUUGCAGUAAACUCGAAGCCUGUUUUCUUUUUUUGUUUAAUCAGUGGAAAGAAGAUAUCUCUUACUGGCAAUCAACAAUCUUUCUCAGGCAAUUUACACUAACGCUUGCCACAUUAUUAUCCCAUAGAUCAGUCUCUGUAUCAAAGUAACAAAAUGAAAUAACAAAAAAAAUAAUAAAACGGUUGAAAUGACAAAAAAAAAACAGUGGGUAGAAUACUAUGAAAAUGUACUUAACGGCAGUAGUUGUCAAUCAAAAAGAAAAAUAAUAUUGAUGAAUAGGGCUCAGGUGCACGAGUUCUUGAAAAGCUAUUGAUACUUUCUAGCAUUCAGUUUCAAAAUCCCUCUGCUAUCUUAUUUCUGGAGUUUAGAAUAUUUUUCACCUUCUUUUUAUUCAUACGAUAGCUCUUAAAGUCCUCGUUGGGCUGUGAAUGGUGGAGAAUGUCGAUUUACCAAUUUUUAAAUGAUACUUUUAUAUGAUUCUCAUGAAAUUUUUAUUACUUACAAAAUACUUUUGAGGGUACCAUUAUUCAUUAGUGGUUUAUGUGACUGAGAAAGGUUCGAUGAACUUUAUCAUUGAUAAAAUUCUCGUCGUUUAUUGAAUUUGCUUUUUGGAAUUUUUAUCUGCCUGUUUCUGGGCUUCCAUUUUGUACAUUACGAGUUACCCGAGUGCUUUGAUUUUGAAUUAAUUAAUUAUGUUGUGAGGCCACUAUGCUACGAAGGGUAAAAUUCGUAUUAAAUAUUUCUUUUACCCAUUGACUACUGACCCAGUCUAUAAAAGGCUAUAAUUCUGUAAUGUUUUUUAUGCAAAACAUUUUGUUUGUAAUGUCCAGAUUUUUCAUUCACAAAAUUCUAUAACAAUUUGCGAAAAAUUCUAUAGAAAUGUUUCAUACGUAUUUGCCUACUUCAACUCACUGUUAUUUUAUCGUUGUUCAUUAUAUUUCUGCUGCAAUAGUCCCGAAAGUAAUCUGUAUGUAUUGAGAAUCAUUAUUGUAAUUUUAUUGAGAACUGGUCAGACGAUUAUAUUUCUCUAGCGACGUUUAAAAAAAAUUAAAACAUCGUUUUUUAAGUUUCAAGAAUGAAGGUGCAUGCUAAUAAUCAUAAAAAAUUUCAAAUGAGAAAGAAAUAAAAACUAAUAAAAUUAGUUAACUACAGGAAAGACUAAAAACCAUUGAUGUGAGACAUUGAAUAUAUUCUAGAAUUUUGUUAUGGAAAAAAUAGAAGUAUUCAACUAUUGUUUUUACAGCUCAUGUCACAGUUACAUUGCACAUUUUUUUAUUACAUUUCAACGAAGAUAAAUUAGUCACUCGCUGAGGAUAUUUGUACGCGGCCUGACUCGAUUUUAGGAAAUAAAAUGUACAAAAACGAUAAAAUCAAAUUCUGUAGGAUAAGUAAUGAAGUGAAAAUAUUUCUUGCAUGUUUUGAGGGACAAAGAGAUGAAUUUAAUUGAUAGCAAUCAUUGCAACUACUUUAAGUGGUUACAUUAUUAUCAGCAUUUGUGAAUUUGUCACUUCAUUUUCUUUUAUAAAUAGCAUUUAACAUAUAGUAUAGAAAUAAAAAAAAAUAUCUAUAAAAUACCAA